AUGGGCGAUUAUCCCGCCAUCGCAGCGCCCGCCGCCUACGCGCUGCGCACGACACCUUCUCCUGGCACAAGAGACGGAGAUAUAUGCCCUCCCAUUGCAUCAACUUCGUACCAUCCUUCGCUCGGCGGCUGUACAAUUCGAAACACCCGUCACUCUCGGCACGAGCCGCUCAGCCCGAAUGUUUAUAUCGGGCGCGGUCCCUCUCGCCAUCAUUCGCAUCGCAGCUUUCGCGAUGACGACUUUAUCGUGACGCCAAGUCGAGCGGAAUCUGCCUCACAUUCCCGCUCGCCUCAGGCAAAGGAGAACGUGGCUAAUCUGGCAACGAAAAGGUCACUCGCCCUUCGCAUCAGCCGUACUGGUACACGAUUUCGGCCGCUACUUGAGCAGGUCCUCACUUGGAGGGAAACCUACACGCCUAGACCCGCAAAUGUGUGA